GAGAAAAGGCCUGACGAGUGUCUUCAUUGCAAUAAACAAAGACGAAAAAGUCACAUCAUUAACGCCAUUUUUUCUUUUGCAGUAUUCCACACAUGACCGAAUACAAAAAACUGGUAGCUUUAACGGAUCUGCUUUCGGCAGAUGUCACAAACCUAUGCAGCUCGAUCGCAAAAGCUACGCACGUUGCUGAAGACGGCAAGAAAGGUGCAAAUGCAGCUGCCCCCUCAAACACAGUUGCUGACCCUGAACAGUUGUACUUGGUUUCUUCGCGUAUCUACCAGUCCAUCGUUGACGGCUGCCCGCGCAUUCGCAAAAUGGUUCUAAAAGCUCGCGAAACGGACCCGAACAAACAAAUUUACAACGAAACCAUGUGCCGUAAAAUCGAGGAACUUCUCAAGUCUUUCUGCAGUAUACUUCAACAGCUCGUUCCUUCGUUUUCUUCAGAAAAUGUUGAGCCGCAAAAUGCGUCGCAAGAAAGCAAGGCAGAGAACACAAACCCCGUUGAGGUCGUUUUGGGGAUUGAUUUUGAUGUAGAGGCAAUCAUGGAACGGUCUCCUGCCCUGGAAAAAGCAGAAGAAGUACACAACCAAUACAUUUUAAAACGCUCACAAGAGGAAGCGUGGCAGUCACGUGUGGAACAUGGAUUGUCAGACGUUGUCACAUUUGAGAGCCAGAAUCGCUUUGUUGUCGCGGCGGAAGAAAAGUUUGAUCGCGCUGCGCUUGUUGAGAGAAAGAGAAGUGACAAGGCGCGCAUCAUUCGCCUGUUGGAAGAGCGCGAAACAGCAAAGUGGAAAGCGGAACUGCAGCGCAGAGAUGCAGAACAGAAACUCCUCCAAGAGAAAACGGAAGCGAUCCACAACGUCGCAAAUAUACCUUCCGUGCUGCUGGCUGCUCUUCCAGAUGCGGCGAUGCGGCGCAAGCUGGUCGGGCACACGCGGCAACUGAUCACGGCUCUGUUGAGAACACCGGAGGACCUGAACAUACGACGGCUGCGGAACAAUAAUGAGCAUCUCAUAGGCGACUACGGCCACCCUUGCCUGAUCGCCAUCAAUUCUGCAGAUGGAAAGCAGUGCCUCUGCGCUCCGGCCGUCAACGUCGCGGAAGUAUUAUGGUGUCGCAUAGGCUACUCGAUUCGCUACACAAACGUUCCCAACCGCUCCGUGGAAAGCGUGAGGCUUGAAAAGCGAGGUGAAGAGCUGGUAUUGCCUUGCGGCCGUCCGCUCUCAGUGCAUACCUACUCGCCUCUGGGCUUUGAAGACUACUCUGAGCGCUUUUUCGAGUUGGUGGAACCGAAUGUGAUGGAAGAACCAGAUGACUGGAUGGUGUGGUACAACAUGAUGCAAGAGAUGGAGCGCGUGCUCACUGAAUUGUUGUCAUCUUGA